GGACACUACACAUCUACCAGAGACACCCUGGGAAUAAAAAUGUGACUCGGGGAUGAGAAGGAGGCGGGCAUCGCUGUAUUCCGGGGCUUGUUUUGAAACUAAGUUGCCAAAUGUUUCCUGGAGCAUACGUGUGGACCCAAGGUAACCAUUGUAUCGUGUUUUGGCGAGAGGAGGUUUCGGCUACGCUUUAAAAUCUGAUUAUUCUUUCUUACGAAGCCAGCACUUCAACGACUGAUUUCCGCGGGUCCUCCCCCAAAGUUCGAGGCUUCCGCACGGUCUCCACCUGUCAUUUUUGUCCGUGACUUCCUCCUGACCCGCUCGGCUUCAUGAGACUGUCCUGCUGAUACGCCCGUAUUCCAUUUUUCGUGGCCCGGAUCAAAAGGUUGUGUUUUACGGACUGGCCUUGAAUUUGCUAACAUCUAUCAAGUGACAUCUGCAGCUUCAGUUCAAUCAAUAGGAGCCUGCUGGAGAGAUGGUUAGAAGUACCUGAGACCAAUUAAAGAUGCUCCAGUCUGUAGUGGGGAGUGAGCCUCCUUGUCCUUGGUCCCCAGGAACUGCGGCAGGUUGUGGUGCAAGUUGAGACUGACCAAUGUGCCUGGGACAGCAGGGUUCCUUUUUUCUUCCUGGAACCCUUUUGAACAGUGGAAGAAGCAGACACCUGGUUGAGAAAGGAUGCCCACCAAGGGGAAAUACUUCCUCAAUGAGGAUGAGGAAUGGAAGAGCAAAGAUUCCCGCUAUGAGCAGUUCCACCACAUGAGCCAACACUACCCUCUCUUGCUCAUCUUCCUCUCUAUUGCCAUCAUCUUCUCAGUCAUCCUCAUCGUUCUUGCCUUCCUCCAAGAGAACUACCUCGCACACCAACCCUUCCUGGUGACGGCAUUCAUGACGCUUAUUCUGUUUGCAAUCAUUUAUGCGCUGGUAUACAUCGAGUGCCUCUUUCAGAAAUGGCUCAAAUUCUUUGCUGUGAUCAUCUGGAUUUGCUUCUUGACCCUGGGUUUCGUCUUAAUCUUCGACUCAAGGGAUGAGAAAACCUAUGUGUGGGAGCAGGUACCCUUCUUUCUCUUCAUCAUCUUCACUGUGUAUACCAUGCUGCCUUUUGAGAUGAAGGAGGCCAUUGUGGUGAAUGUCCUGUCUACCCUGUCUCAUCUGCUUGUGCUAGGUGUCCGGGCUGAGGUGUUCACAGCGGCACUCCAUUCACCAGUAGUGCUCCAGUUGCUGGCAAACACCACCAUUUUCCUUUGUGGGAACUUGAUGGGUGCCUUUCACAAGUCCCAAAUGCAAGAUGCAUCCAAGGACCUCUACAUCUACACCCUUAAGUACAUCCAGAUCCGAAGGAAACUGAAGAUCAAGAAGCGUCAGCAGGAGAACCUGCUGCUCUCAGUAUUGCCAGCUCAUAUCUCCAUGGGAAUGAAGCUGGCCAUCAUUGAGCGGCUCAAGGAGAACAAUGACAGACGCAGUAUGCCCGACAACAACUUCCACAGCCUUUAUGUCAAGCGGCACCAGAAUGUGAGCAUCCUGUAUGCCGACAUUGUGGGCUUCACCCGUCUGGCCAGCGACUGUUCCCCGAAGGAGCUUGUGGUGAUGCUGAACGAGCUCUUUGGGAAGUUUGACCAGAUAGCCAAGGAAAACGAGUGUAUGAGGAUCAAGAUUUUGGGGGACUGCUAUUACUGUGUUUCUGGUUUGCCAGUGUCCUUACCAACUCACGCCAGGAACUGUGUGAAGAUGGGACUUGAUAUGUGUGAAGCCAUCAAGCAAGUGAGGGAAGCCACGGGUGUAGACAUCAACAUGAGAGUGGGCAUUCACUCUGGAAAUGUGCUCUGUGGGGUCAUCGGCCUUCGAAAGUGGCAGUAUGAUGUGUGGUCCCAUGAUGUCUCCUUGGCCAACCGGAUGGAGUCAGCUGGGGUCCCUGGCCGGGUGCAUAUCACUGAAGCCACAUUAAACCAUCUGGACAAAGCAUAUGAAGUGGAGGAGGGGAAUGGACAGGAGAGAGACCCCUACCUGAAGGAGAUGAACAUUCAGACCUACCUGGUCAUAGACCCCCGGUCCCGGCAACAGCAGCCGGUCAGCCAGCACCUCCCAAAGCCGAGAGCCAACGAUGCCCUGAAGAUGCGGGCCUCUGUCCGAAUGACCCGCUACCUGGAGUCCUGGGGGGCCGCCCGGCCCUUUGCGUCUCUCAAUCACAGGGAGAGUCUGAGCACGGACAUCCUCAUCCCCAAAGUGAAGCGACCAAAGGCAAUCCCCCUGCGGCGUCACAGGGAUGCGGACAGAAAUGCAUCUCCAAAGGGGAAAGCUGAGGAGGACACCUACGAUGAAGAGCUGAUGUUGGCCAUUGAAGGUCUCAGCUUGGCCAGACCCUGCUGCUGCGGGAAUUCUGAGGACUUCUACACCAUUGGAACGUUCUUUGUGGAGAAGAACUUUGAGAAGGAGUACCGAACCAUGCCGGUCCCCAGAGUCCGCAAUUACUUUGCUUGUGCCGCCCUUGUCUUCUGCUCUCUCUUGCUGGUCCACGUCUUAGUCAUAUGCAGGACUGCAGAAAUGGGGAUCUCCUUUGGGAUUGUGGCCGGUGUGAUACUGCUGGCCUUGGGGGCGUGCUUUGCCGAUGAUGUCCUGAAGUGCUGCCGAGAUCAGUCCGGCCUUCGCCUCCUUAGGACCCUCUCCCAGAAGGUGGAGACUGAGCCUCUGCUGAGACUGUCCUUGGCUGUCCUGACCAUUGGUGGCCUGCUGACUGUGGCCAUCGUGAAUCUGUUACUGACACCGUCUCAGCAGUCCUGUGUGCACUUCAGUGAGCCGAGUCGUGAGGACAGCACCCCUAGCCAGUGUUCAGUCCUUCCGUACUAUGCCUACAGCUGUAUCCUGGCCUUCAUCGGCUGCUCCAUGUUCCUGCGGAUGAGCUUGGAGCUGAAGGUGCUGAUGCUGACGGCCUCGGGAAUCUUCUACCUGGUGGUCUUCAACACUUACAUCAGUGGGAACCCAGAGGCAGAUGGGAUCGGAUCCAGGAACGUCACUCUCAACAACAGCUCCCCCUCCUACCUAGGCCCCUCCAGUCUCUCAACUUCACGAUUCAUGAAAGAUCUGAAGAUAAUGAUCAAUUUUUACCUGUUACUGUUUUAUUUUACCCUUAUCUUGCUGUCAAAACAGAUUGAUUAUUAUUACCGCCUGGACUAUCUGUGGAAGAACAAGUUUAAGAAAGAACAGGAAGAAUUUGAAACCAUGAAGAAUGUGAAUCAUCUCCUGCUGGAGAACGUCCUCCCUACUCACGUGGCCGAGCAUUUCAUUGGGGACAAGCUCACUGAGGACUGGUAUCACCAAUCUUACGACUGUGUCUGCGUCAUGUUUGCAUCUGUGCCCGAUUUCAAAGUGUUCUACACCGAGUGUGACGUCAACAAGGAGGGCCUCGAGUGCUUGAGGCUCCUAAAUGAGAUCAUCGCGGACUUUGAUGAGCUACUGCUGAAGCCAAAAUUCAGUGGGGUGGAGAAGAUCAAGACUAUCGGUAGCACCUACAUGGCAGCUGCUGGACUCAGCCUUACCCCUGGGCAGGAGAAUAACCAGGAUCAGGAGCGCCAGCAUGCCCACAUAGGCAUCAUGGUGGAAUACAGCAUUGCUCUGAUGAACAAGCUAGAUGGCAUCAACAGGCACUCCUUCAACACCUUUCGCCUCCGGGUUGGCAUCAACCAUGGGCCGGUCAUAGCUGGGGUGAUUGGUGCACGCAAACCUCAGUAUGACAUCUGGGGAAACACAGUCAAUGUUGCCAGUCGAAUGGAGAGCACUGGAGAACUUGGGAAAAUCCAGGUUACCGAGGAGACCAGUACUAUCCUCCAGAAGCUGGGCUAUUCUUGUGAAUGCCGGGGACUGAUCAACGUCAAAGGCAAAGGAGAGCUAAGAACUUACUUUGUCUGUACAGAUACCACUAAGUUCCAAGGUAUGGGGCUAAACUGAGGAAUUCCACUGGAUUGUAAGGUUCGCUUACUUUGCCUUUCUUACCCAAGCAGAGGAUCGAUGGCUUGGCCCUUGGAACUUUGGUGACGAGCAGAAAAAGCUCCCAUCUCCCGGGCUUGCUUUAAAGAAUUUCUCCUCUCUUGGACGCGAGACUCUUACUUUUGGUCUAAGCCAACUACAGUGCUGAAACUGUGAGAAAGAACUCCAAGGGCGAGGCAUCCAGCUGCCAACAGCAUGGGAGAUAGCAAGCUUCUGGCGCCUUCUGGCUACAGGCCUUGUAGAGCUGUUCCUGGGCAGAAGGCAGGGGUUUGGAUUGUAGCUGUACCUGGAAACUGUUACAUCAUAGAGUGCCAUCUAGUGACUUCUUGGCAACAAAGAGACUCUUUUUAUAGAAACUUUGACAUAUAGUCAGUUCCUGUUAUCUGAUGUCGCUUUAAAAUGGAUUUUCUGUUGGGUUUUGGAUGGGCCUUCCGCUCUGUUCUGGUUACCUCGGAGGAAUCACUUCUGGGAAAGAACUAUGGGAAGGAAUACCAGUUGACUUUCUUAGUUAAUAAUGGGCCAGACCUAGAUGGUGGUUUGAGAUCCCUAUUAGUUCUACAUGUCACAGAUAAAACCUUUGUUGGGGGAUGGGAAUGACUCAAAACCCCCCAAAACCCUAAAGGCAUUUUCUUUCAUUUCUAGAUUUUAAACAAUGGAGUGUGUUAAGGAAACAUUACUGAAGAUAAUUACUAACUGUUCCUAUUUGCUGUUUUUCUGUUUCCCCUGUUCUCAUGACUUUGUUCUAAACGGAUUUGUUUUAUUGGGACAUUUUAAAAGGUUUUCUCAAUGCUGGAAGAAUUAACUUGUUAGUCUGUCAUCUGUCUUCUUAAACUGACUGAAAAGCCCAAGAAAUCAAUGCCAUGACUUUGUGUUCUUAGUAUUUGUUCUGGGCAUGGAAUAGAGUCACCUUGGCUCUAAAAUCAAAUUUUCUUUGCAUUUUCAAUUUGGUUCUCCAAAGAAGGUAGAAGGUUAAAAAAAAAAAAAAAAAAAAGCCUUUUUUUGGGGGGAGGGGGUUUGCUAAAUUAGAUUCAGUCUCUUACCCCUCAUUUAUUACAUGGGUAUUAGACUUAUUAAACAUCAGUAAUCUUAAAUUAUGUUAGAAACCAUCUGCUUUUGUAGCUAUGUUGUUACUUUUCAGGCCAGAGAAAAACUAUACAUGUAACAUAAAGUUGUCCCAGCAUGAACCUAACCUACCUAUAGGAAAAUCUUCCCUUACAUCUUUGGUUUGCGAUUGGAAACUAGUAGGAACUUUAAGAGCUAACAAAACUAUUCAGCACAUAGGAAAAUCCCAGAAUACAUAUAAUCCAGACAGAGAAAAUCUCCCAAGAAAUCCUCUCUAGUCUUUGUCUAGGUGUAAUCUCAUCUAACAUUCUCCUUCACAGAAAUGUAGACAUAUUCAUUCUAAAUCAGAGUUAAUUCCCUUUAGAAACAAACUACAAUUAUGUAAUGUUCUUUUAAAUGUCUUGACUAUUGAGAACAGCAAUGUGCUUUCAUAGGAUUGUAGAUUUAGAAUUGAAGGUAUCUCAGACGUUAUCUAGUCAAAUCCUGCAGAUGACCUCAGAGAUGUUUUGUUCAAAGUCCAACACAGCCAAGUGCCAGAUAGAGAAUUUGAAUGCAGAUCCUCCCACUUUCAAUUCUGUGUUCCUUUCAUUGUCCCACCCUACCUUCUGAGGGAUGAGGGAAUGAUAACCUAUUUCAUUUGUUUAUAAGCAGAACUAAACUAGUAAUAGAAUUUUAGGUAAUAGAAUUUUAGGGAAAGUUUCCUAGUCUAGGCCUAGAGGUUUUAAAAAUGCUGAAUUUCAUUUCAUGUGUGGACAUUUCUGUGACAAAUUACCACUCAGUUUGGAUACCACUCAGUUCAUCUCAGCCAAAUUCAGUUUUCCUCCUAGGGGCUGGAAUUUACAACUUCCAAAAACACUUUCAAAGAUACCUAAUAAGCCAGAAAGUUAAGUGAACAGAAAAGGCCUUUUGUGAUCCAGAGGUGUCAAGUUCUGUCCUGUGAGACCCUUAGGAGCAGUCUUAUUUAAUAUUCUGUCCUGGGUGAGACUAAAUCUGGAGUACAAUUAGGUACAAAUGAUUCCCCAGAAUUGCUUGCUUUAUUUGAAUUUAUACCGCUAUUUCUAUACCAAUCACUGUAUUUUACAGAAUUAGAACUUCAAAUAGUGUGAAUUCCUAUUAUAUGUGGCCACUUCAUGGGAUUCAUUAUUGGGGUUAAUUAGGACUUGAUCAUAAUAUUCAGUUUGGCAUUCUACAUUUUAAGGAGAAUAAGCUGGAAUGUCUGGAAGAAGGCAAUCAGGAGUGUUGAAGGGCCUCAAGCACACACACACUAUAUAUAUAUAUAUAUAUGUCAAUUUAGGCUUGAUUUAAAGAAACAUUUGUCAGGUGCGUCCCUCAGCACAGUCUUCAUGCAAAGCUGGAUAAAAACUUUUUUACUUAGAUAUGGGUUGGAACAUAAGGCCUCUGAAAUCCUUUUCAAUACUGCAAUACUAAUACUUUCUCUACCAUGAGUAGCUGGUAUCUGAAAUCAUGAAGCACCUGAUUUAACUAUAUAAAAAAAUGAAGCAAUGUUUCUCUAUUAGCAAGUAAAAUAAAGACUAUGCUUAUAUUGGUAUGGGCACUCCUUUUACAGACAGAGAUCAUAACCCUUCCAUGACUUAGUAGAUGGUGCUAAUGUAUUUAUGUGGCUCAAAAAAUUUUAUCCACCUCGAGGCCAAAUCUUGUAUUAUAAGCCUCUCCAUUCUAACUUGUGGGAAAACAUGUGCUGGUAGUAUGUGUGUAUCAUUUGUUGUUACAAAUAAAGAAUGGCUCAGGA